UCUCUCCCCCCAAUCUCUCUCUCUCUCCCCACAUCUCUCUCUCGUGCUGUAAGUGCAGUGGGAUCCACACACAUGAUCUCAUUGCUGCACCGAGGAAACACCGCUUUCUGCCUUUAAUGACCGGAUCCUGUCCUUCUGCUCUCAGGAUUACUGACACCACGAGUAUUUGAGGAAUAAAAGCAUCGCUGAAGCGAGAAAGAGUGUGUGUGUGUGUGAGAGAGAGAGAGAGAGAGAGAGAGUGUGUGUGUGAGUGUCUCGGCACUGCUGGACUGGUUCUCAUUCAGAGGAUUUGUCAGAUCACUUCCUCCAUACAGAGCCAGUCAUCUGCACUCCCAUUAUGAGAGCGGGUUUGGAGCCUCAGCAGAGUGCUGUGUGGAAACUCUCGGAUCUGCCAUGAAUCCUCAGGCGCUCGGAUGAAGGAAGUGUCCCGCUCUCUCAAUGCGUCUUCCCGAGCAGCCGAGAACAAUGAGCACCGGCUCCGGCAACUUCCUGCUCGUCCCCAUACCGGAGUACCCGGGCCUGGACUGUGUGCCCAAUAAAAAUGUCAAAAUAGUCGUUCUUGGAGCGAGCAAUGUCGGGAAAACAGCCUUAAUAGUACGAUUUCUGACCAAGAGGUUUAUCGGUGAUUACGAAGCCAACACAGGGGCCUUGUAUUCCAGAAAGAUCAAUCUUGAUGGGGAACAGGUUUCUUUACAAGUGCAGGACACUCCCUGUGUCUCACUGCAGGAUGAUGCCGAGGGCCUGUACUGUCAGGAACAGAUUAACCGCUCCAUCUACUGGGCAGAUGGUUACGUGCUGGUCUUUUCCAUUACGGACAUGCACAGCUACAGGACCAUUCAGCCGCUCUAUGAGCACGUGCGCCGCAUCCAUCCAAGCGGUAACAUCCCCAUCAUCUUGGUAGGCAACAAGAGUGACCUGCUACGGGCGCGCCAGGUACCGACAGAUGAGGGCCAGGCUCUGGCAGCCGAGCUCGGAGGACACUAUUUUGAGGCUUCAGCCCGGGAGAACCAUGAGGGUGUGCAGGCAGCAUUCCUGCACUUGUGCCAGGAGGUGAGCCGAGCACUGGGAGGGGCGAAUGGAGAGAAGAGGAGGGGAGGAUUGCACCUCGUUCGGCCGAAGAGUCCCAACAUGCAGGAGCUGAAGAGAAGAUUCCGGCAAGUGCUCUCUUCUAGAGGGAAAUCGACAACUGCAGUGUGAUGAUAAUGUCAUGCCAGUGAUUGAUUCACAGGCCUGUUACUGGAAUCGGUAUCGGCUGAGGAGUCGAAAGGUCAACCUUAAUAUGUAUGCUGACUUUAUUUUACACUGCAGUAUUGACUAUGGGAAAAAUAAAUGUUUAUUUUCAUACAAAGACAACAUUUGCCUGGAAGAACACUAAUAUGUAGAAUGAUAUAUCAUUACUGAUGUAUCAUAAAAAAUAAUGAUAGAUAAAGAUCCAAAGGUUUUUUUUUUUUUUUUUGCUAAUAUGUGACUUUAGCCCAUAACUUUUGUUACAGAUGUUUUGUCGUUCAUCAAAAAUACAGUAAACAGUAAAUAUGUGUGAUUGGCUCAUAAAACAGCCUGGGCUUGGCUUUUCAUUAUUGCUGUAUUAUAAAGUAAACUUUUGGAGUACAGCUCUUACACACCCUUAGAUGGAAAAGCAUUUAUUUAUCUAUUUAUUUUGGUAUUAGGAAUAACUGCCCACAAAUUAGAACAAUUAUUUUUGGUUAUAAAGUUAUUUCUAAGAUUCCUUGUCUGGCCAAUAUCCAUAUAUAGGAAGGAGGACACUCGCGUCUAGUGUUUCUCAUGAACUUUGACCCUCUUAGGCUGUGUGAAGCUAAAGCAGAGGUUGGGUGAAUGUUUCAUAUUUCAUUCACUUAUUCCUUUAUUUAUUUUUUUUCAAAUUGUAAGUGGAAUUACAGCUCGACGCUACUUCCCUGUAAACAAGAUUUUGGAUUCUGUGAUGUUUAUUCACUGCAAACAGCUUUUGACCCCUAAUCUUGUUCCUUUGAGUUUCCUGUUCCGAAGCAGAUUUCAUUGCAACGUGUCUCAUUUUUUCUGUCCGACAUCUAUUGUAAACAAAAAAUGUUGUGGAAGUAAAAGGGACAUUUUGUACUUUCAUUUCUUUUGCUAUCUUAAUUUUACUAAAUUCCUUUGCAUAAUUGGAAACGCACAUGUCCUUGCACAGACAUUCAUUCCCAAUUAUAGGCCUUUUUUUCCUGCUCACAUUAUACGUAGGCAUAUAUAUAAACAGAAAAGGGCCAUAGAGGAUUCUGUAAUCAGUUCCACGUUUUAAAGAUAUUACGAGAGUUGGGUUGUUCCUGCUCCUGCAUUGUGUUUUUUUUAUAUUUCCCUCUUUCUGUGGGCUGUCUACUGGCACUUAGCUGAAAAGGAAAGACUUCAUCUUUAUUUUCAGAGUUUUGGCUGAUUCUGGCUUACGCUGUGUGUAUUAUGUGAAACGUACAUAAUCAUGGCCCUCAAUUUGAAGUUUGCAACAACGUGAAGUUUCAUGUUUCCCCAGUCUGACAUGAUUGAGCUUGAUGAUGAACAGAUGAGCUGAAACUUGCGCACUGCAGUUUGAGUUCCAGUGAACUUUGUUUCUGACUCUGUCUGUAACAUUCACAUUUUCACCGUUGACUGACUGCUGGCCUUAAACAAGUCUUGAGAUUAGUAUUUGCACAGACAUUUAGGGCAUCUGCAGAGCCUUAAAAUGUCAUUUUACAAUUAAAGCCUUUAAUAAGUGCUAAA